AUGAUGACAGUUAUUCUGGGAGAAGACCGAGAAGGCCAAAAGCAGACGAAAGCAAGUCGAACAAAGAGGUCGGUCGCUUGUAAUUACUGUCGCCUGAAAAAGGAUCGAGGAGAGAAAUGUGUCUACCUGGCAUUGAAACGACGAGGUCGAAAAGAGAGCCAUGGCAGUGGCGAGUUCGUGUUGAAUCGGAUCGCGCGGAUGGAAGCGAUGCUUCAGGAGGCGAAUGUCGUACCUCCACUUCUACAGAACUUUGGAGAGACUGAUCAGCAUGUUGCUCCAGUAGAAGGGUUAGAGAUGAUGGCCAAUUCCUCGCAAGAUUUGCAUAAGCAUCAUAUGCCACUUUCCCCGCCUCAUACCGAGCAAUCACGUCAGUCCUUACAGUGGUCGCGUACUGAUCAUACGAACCUAGCAAAACUGUCACAAAGACGGGGUAGCAAUAUAUCUGAGAGAGGAGAUGCAUAUUCGAAUUACUCAAAUAGUUCCCAGAGCGCUGCGUUAGCAAACAUAAACGAGCAGACCUAUCAGGAUCAAAUUGAAAACUCUCUAUCGGAUGGCGCUCGUACUAUUAAUGCGAACUCCUCCAUCGGUACUAGCAAUUCCGUAAUCGAUCCGGCAUUGAACACAGCAGUAGACAGGGGUAUCAAUAGCAUUGCUUCGCCAGAAAACUCGGAUUGGGAAUAUCAUGGUCCAGGCUCAUUUCUCUCGAUUUGUUCUAAACCUGGCAUAGAGUGGGUUGGAGAAAAGACUGGAUCGUCCGAUUUCAUCGCUAUUUCCAGGACUUUUAGCCGGGAUGUUACCCGCCAGCUCAAAUUAGACUGUAAGAUCAGCCUAGAUAGAACGCCAGAGCCAGAUCGCGCAACAGCGUGGAGAUAUACGAAAGCGUAUUUCGAGAAGACCCUAGAAUCUGCAUUCGACAUUGUUGUCCGGUCUUCUUUUGAAGCUAGGCUUAAUGCUCAUUUUGCGAAUGACAAUGCGUCUGGACAAGAUGAAGAUGCAGCUUGGUAUUCCUUGCGAAAUACCGUGUAUGCUUUCGGGUGCCGGGCAGAGCUUGGGAGAACCAGCUAUUCUUCUACCUUUGCAGAAGCUCAAAUAGCUGGAUGGAAAUACUUUCAAAAUGCCAUGUCUAGACACAUGGAAUUGAUUUAUUGCCGGACUGGUCUAAUGGCUGUUCAAGCUUUGGUGACAAUGGCUCUAUAUGUGGAAGGUGCCGGCUGUCCUGCUCUAGAAUAUAUGCUUUGCUCUGUCGCCUGGCGUUUAGCUCAAUCAAAGGGGCUUCAUCGACAAGCGGGAACAGCCUGGGGUAUGGGCGCUCAGGAAAUACAGCAUCGUAAUUGGAUAUUUUGGAUCCUAUACAGCUACGAGAAACACAUCGCACAUCGGUCUGGGCGUUCUUCUGCCAUCGACGACGACGAUAUAAGCUGCCACAUUCCAACAACCGUCCCAACCGGAAGCUCUAACAACGUAGAAUUUUGCACCUACGUAAUUAAGCACGCCCAACUCUCUUCUCAAAUUGGGAAACGCUUCAGCACUGUACAAGCCUACCGCCAAUCCCCCGAAAGCAUCGCAAAGACAGCCUGUGAACUUGACCAGAAACUCCGCGAAUGGCGAGAUUUGCUUCCUCCAUCUAUGCGUCCCGGGACCGCCAUCAAUUCUUCUGAAAUUCCCCCGAAUCUUGAUACGGUUCAUGUCAUUUAUCUGCAUUAUGCAUUCUUUGGAAGUCUGAUAGCCAUUCACUCCACUGUCACAUAUCCAUGGAGCGACAUGUUUGGAAGAGAUGAAAAUUUAACCUUUCGGAAUCAGGUUGAUAUCAGCACUCAGAUUGUCGCUGAUGCUUCUCGAAAUAUCAUACUUGCUGCGAAAUACAUUAAUGAUAUAAACGCAUCGACCCCACUCUGGCUCGUUUUCUACUAUCCAGUCCUUGGCCUGAUUAACCUUUUUGUCCAUGUCGUGAAACACCCUACUGCACCCUCUGCUCCAUCAGAUAUUACGCUGAUGGAGGUGGUUGCCGGUCACUUUGCACGACUGGAAUUUGCAUCAUCCGGCGAGCUCACCUUCUCAUUUGCCCGGGAGCUCUCCAGGCUAGCCCGUCUAGCCGUUAAAAAAGCGCAACAAAAGUUAGACUCUGAGUCUAGUAAAGAUGUAGAUAUUGUCAACACUGAGAGCAAUUAUCGCUUCUUUGACCAGCCUCAAAACUUGAUGAAGUCCCCCGAAAACGGCAUGAGCGGUCGUGAUCUUCUUUCGCAUUCCUCAAACAACCAGAAUGCAGGCUCUUUUGCGUACCUGGACAAUAUGACUUGGGGUGAAUUUGAUGUAGAGAACUGGAGUGCGUUACUGCCUUCAUUCUCGCCGGAUGAGAUGAUGGAUUUGAAUGGGAUGCCGGGGAAUUGCGAUAUGUCUUUUCUGCCUACAUGA